AUGAAAUCCAUCAUGAACACCGCUGCCCUGGCUGGCCUCCUUGCUGCCUCUGCUAAGGCGCAUAUGAUGCUCCAUUAUCCUCCUACCUUCGCUGCAGAGAACAAUCCUCACCGCACUGAUCCCGUCGACCCAUACCUCGACAACCCUUACAAUUGCUGUGGAAGAAAGACCGUCUACCCUUGCCGAGGGUACCUCGACCUCCUCGGCACCGACCAAGGCGCCCCCGUCGUUAGCUGGGAAGCUGGCUCGUCUCAGAAUUUCAGCCUGACUGGAUCCGGAACGCAUUGGGGAGGAUCAUGUCAAGCUGGGUUCAGUACUGACCAAGGUAAAACUUGGAAGGUUGUGAGCAGCUAUGAAGGUAACUGCCCUCAUCGCGAGGGCUCUAACCAAAGCUCAAAGGAACAAACCUUCGAGUUCAAGGUUCCCGGGGAUAUGCCUGCUGGCGACCAUGUAUUUGCCUGGACUUGGUUCAACCGCGAGCAGGAGUUCUUCAUGACCUGUGCUUCCGUUACCAUCACCUCCGGAAGUGGAGGAAACUCUUCCCGACCGCCUGCCUUUACUCCUCGUGGCACCAGUGUCCGUCCCACUCCCGGCAAUGAUAAAACUCCUGCCGUCGCUUUCAACGAUCGCCCGAGUUUCCUCGUCGCAAACACCGACAAUGGCUGCAAGACCCCGCGAACCAACGCAGAGGUGAAAUAUCCCAACCCAGGACCUGACGUUGUCAAGGGUGACGGCGUCUACCCGUUGGAGCUUCCUUCACCAAAGGGUAAAUGCGGCGCAUAG